GGUGGUGGAGCUGGCCGCCUGCUGACGCCCACCCCCGUCCCCGUCCGCUGCAGCCCCCCGGUGCAGUUCUCCCUGCUGCACUCCAAGUUCCACCUGUGCAGCGUGGCCACCCGGGCCCUGCUGCUGUCGACCUACAUCAAGUUCAUCAACCUCUUCCCGGAGACCAAGGCCACCAUCCAGGGGGUCCUGCGGGCCGGCUCCCAGCUGCGCAACGCCGACGUGGAGCUGCAACAGCGUGCCGUCGAGUACCUCACCCUUAGCUCGGUGGCCAGCACGGACGUCCUGGCCACGGUGCUGGAGGAGAUGCCACCCUUCCCCGAGCGCGAGUCGUCCAUCCUGGCCAAGCUGAAACGCAAGAAGGGGCCGGGGGCCGGCAGUGCCCUGGACGAUGGCCGGAGGGAGCCCAGCAGCCACGACAUCAAUGGGGGCGUGGAGCCCAGCCCCAGCACCGUGUCCACGCCCUCACCCUCCGCCGACCUCCUGGGGCUGCGGGCAGCCCCUCCCCCAGCGGCACCCCCAGCUCCCUCGGGUGCGGGCAACCUCCUGGUGGACGUAUUCUCCGACGGCCCGGCCGCCCAGCCUAGCCUGGGGCCCACCCCCGAGGAGGCCUUCCUCAGCGAGCUGGAGCCGCCUGCCCCUGAGAGCCCCAUGGCUUUGCUGGCUGACCCAGCUCCAGCUGCUGACCCAGGUCCUGAGGACAUUGGCCCGCCCAUCCCGGAAGCCGAUGAGCUGCUGAAUAAGUUCGUGUGCAGGAACAACGGGGUCCUGUUUGAGAACCAGCUGCUGCAGAUUGGAGUCAAGUCAGAGUUCCGGCAGAACUUGGGCCGCAUGUAUCUCUUCUAUGGCAACAAGACUUCAGUGCAGUUCCAGAACUUCUCUCCCACCGUGGUGCACCCUGGAGACCUCCAGACUCAUAUCCUGUUGCUGGCCGUGCAGACCAAGCGGGUGGCCUCGCAGGUGGACGGUGGGGCGCAGGUACAGCAGGUGCUCAACAUCGAGUGUCUGCGGGACUUCCUGACGCCCCCGCUCCUGUCCGUGCGCUUCCGGUACGGGGGCGCCCCCCAAUCCCUCACCCUGAAGCUCCCGGUGACCAUCAACAAGUUCUUCCAGCCGACGGAGAUGGCGGCCCAGGACUUCUUCCAGCGUUGGAAGCAGCUGAGCCUCCCCCAACAGGAGGCACAGAAAAUCUUCAAAGCCAACCACCCCAUGGACGCGGAGGUCACUAAGGCCAAGCUCCUGGGGUUUGGCUCUGCUCUCCUGGACAAUGUGGACCCCAACCCAGAGAACUUCGUGGGGGCUGGAAUCAUCCAGACUAAAGCCCUGCAGGUGGGCUGCCUGCUCCGGCUGGAGCCCAAUGCCCAGGCUCAGAUGUACCGGCUGACCCUGCGCACCAGCAAGGAGCCCGUCUCCCGUCACCUGUGUGAGCUUCUGGCCCAGCAGUUCUGAGCCCUGGACUCUGCCCCCGGGGAUGUGGCCGGCACUGGGCAGCCACUAGGACUGAGGCAGCCGUGGUGGAUGGGGCAGCGAGGGGACCUCCGCUGGUGACAGGGAAGACCCCGGGGUCGGGGGGGUGCCUAGGACCUUCCUCCAGCCUUUUGUAUUUUUAUUUUUGUUCAUCUGCUGCUGUUUACAUUCUGGGGGGUAAGGGGGAGCCCCCUCCCUCCCUUUCCCCCCCAAAGCACAGAGGGGAGAGGGGCCAGGGAAGUGGGAACGUCCUCCCCUCCCACCCCACCCUGUCGUAGCCCCUCCUGCCCCCUCCCUGUCCAGGGGC